AUCCCCGUUAAAAAAUAAUCUCUAGAUAUAAAACCAGUGAUUUACGAAGAAGCGAUCAUAAUCACAGUUCUAAGAAAGUGGUAAUAUCACGGGAAUUUUUCUGUAAUAACAUGUAUCGACAUAAGCCAUGAUACGGUGUACUGUAGCGUCGUUCUAUUAUUUUACGGUUUCAUAGAGAAAGCUCCAACAUAUAUAGUUAGCGAAUAGUGAAUCUAACGCAUAACUCAGUGUACACUUAUUCGUUUCAAUAUGACGGAUCUGAAAACGACAGUACCACUUGUUGCACUUUCUGAACAAACUAAAGAUCUCAUUUCUACUUUACUCAACCCAAGAAAGUUUCUACCGUGCGAUGAUGGUCUGCCAAGGGACUGGAGGGGUCUUGCACACUUAUUAGGAAUUGGAGGUGAAGAGAUACCUGCAAUUGCGUCAAAACCAGAUCCAUGUUCUCAUAUCUUGACGAUUAUGCAAGGGAAAAAAAAAGAUUGGAAAAUCAAAGAUUUGCAGAUGAUAUUGGAAAGGCUGGAUAGGUGGGAUAUUAUUGAUGACACUGAACCUCUUCUUGAAAAAGAUAUUCAAAGAUAUUUAGAAAGGAUGGAGAAUCUAUCUACUGUGGAACAAGUUGAAGAAGAUACAGAUCGUCAAAUGUUAACUAUUGAUGAUCUCUACAGGUAUCAACAGGGCUUAGAGAAACAAUUUUAUGAUGCGUUUCUUCUGUACGCUGAUGAAGAUGAAAAUUUUGCAAUAAAAAUGAUAGAACAGCUUGAAAAUAAAUUUAAUUUGAAGCUUUGUAUAAAAGAUCGAGAUCUAAUGGGAGGAGUAACCUUUGAGCACGAGGCAAUCAUGCAAUUAAUAUCUGAACGUUGCAAUAGAUUAAUUGUAAUCGUAUCACCAAACUUCCUCAAAAGUGCUGCAAACAAAUUUUUUCUGAAUUAUGCACAAGCUAUAGGCAUUGAUAAGAGGCAGCGAAAAGUAAUACCUUGUUUAUACCAAAAAUGUGACAUUCCACCGCAAUUGAGUUAUACAUUCAUUCUCGACUAUAACAGAGUAGGUCUUUUUGAUUUUUGGGAUAGAUUACGAGAUUCUGUAAGAAUUCCUACAGCAACCAAAAAUAAAUCGAUUAGCCAUGCAAUCCAGAUAAAUCAAUCAGAAAUGAAGAAGAGUUUCGAAGAUAAUUUUUCGACAGAGGUACUAUCUCUUGAGGAAAAUUGUAAUAAAGAGAAGAACAUGGUAGAAAGUACAGUAGAUGCUUUGCCAGCAUAUGAGUGCAAUGAGACAAGCAAGUGCAAUUUUCAAAGCACUUUAAAAUAUCAAUGUGUAAUAAAGAGGAAAUGCAAAGGUUUGUUUGGAAUCAAGAAAAAACAGUACGACAAGAAAGUAGUCCGCACCCCACAAAUAUGUGAACCACAUAUAAACGAUACGAACAGUAAGAGCUUGCCAUCCCUAAAUCAUUUAAGUUUAUCAUCGUUGACACUAGCAAGCAUUCCUGAUAAGAAAUGUAAGAAGAACUUUGUAGUCCACUGUAAGCAAAAAGUUCAACGCCUUCUCGCAAAAUAGUAAUAUAUUUAAUAUUGACUAGCUAUGUUAAAAAAUUAAUUUCCAAAACUAUUUUUUUGUAAUUGUUACUGAUAUUAAUGUAUCACAAACAAGAGUCAAAGACAUAUUUAAAA